CAUUUGCCAGUAGACAAUGAGAAAGCUGUUGAAAAAUUAAAGAACAUCCAUCAAGAUCAGGAAUUAUCUUUGGCAUGUCCAUCAGUUUCAGAGCAGAAUGAGACAAAUAUUAUGCGUAGUGCUGAGAAAAGGCUAAGGAGUACAUCCAAAAUGAUAGAAACAUUACAGGGGAAACUUGCAUCUACACCAGUUCGCACUGCUAUAGACCGCCUUGCCCGCAUGAAAGAAGUUGAUUCUGUCUCUAGAAUGAGGCGGCUAAGCAUUAAAAGCACAGAUUCUGGUGAUGAAUUAGAUGAGGAAAAACAGUUCCAUGGAACACAAGAUGGAAGAACCAGAAAAUUCUCUAUGGGUUCCAUUUAUAAACGAGUGAUCUCCCUAGAUGAAAACCUUCUAAUAACACCAAAAGGCAAAGAUAAGUUGGAUUUAUCUUGUGCAGAUGUAUAUGACCCAGCCAGAGUCGAGAGAGUGUAA